UAACUUUUCAACCAACAAUUCCCUACUCCCCACAUAUUUUCUACAAGUACAUAAUACAUGUUCUACUGUUUCCCUAUACCUGUUUUAUGCCGUCCAAGAAUAAAAAGCGUACUGUUCAAAGCUGUAUGUCCCAUUCUCAUCCUUGUUAUCGCUACUUGAUUUCUGUGUUUGGUGGCAGGUUUCAGGUGCACUGUCUCUUUACAUCUCUGAUCUCCGCCUCUGUAACGGUGACGUGUCUCUCCAGUCCUCCUUCUCUCCGGUUCCUCGGUCAGGCAGUGCGAUUCCCUCUCGGGCUCAUUUACCCUCCUAAAAUAACGGUUAAGUUGAUUAUCGGGACAUCAUGGGCAUCAAACUCUUGGAGGUGAUCAAGCCUUUUUGUGCAGUUCUACCAGAAAUACAAAAACCAGAAAGAAAGAUCCAGUUCAGAGAAAAGGUGUUAUGGACUGCUAUUACUCUCUUCAUCUUUCUGGUGUGCUGCCAGAUUCCCCUUUUUGGCAUAAUGUCCUCAGACUCAGCAGAUCCUUUCUACUGGAUGAGAGUCAUCCUGGCCUCAAACAGAGGUACUCUGAUGGAGUUGGGUAUCUCACCUAUUAUCACCUCAGGCCUGAUUAUGCAGCUACUUGCUGGAGCAAAGAUCAUUGAAGUUGGAGACACACCGAAGGACAGAGCCCUCUUCAACGGAGCUCAGAAAUUGUUUGGGAUGAUCAUCACCACUGGCCAGGCCAUUGUGUACGUGAUGACCGGCAUGUAUGGAGAUCCGUCAGACAUGGGUGCUGGGAUCUGUCUGCUCAUCAUCAUUCAGCUGUUUGUGGCGGGGCUGAUUGUUCUGCUGCUGGAUGAGUUGCUCCAAAAGGGCUACGGUCUCGGUUCAGGAAUCUCUCUGUUCAUCGCCACCAACAUCUGCGAGACCAUCGUCUGGAAGGCCUUCAGUCCCACAACUGUGAACACUGGCCGAGGCACAGAGUUUGAAGGAGCCAUUAUCGCCCUUUUCCACCUGCUUGCUACAAGGACUGACAAAGUGCGUGCUCUAAGAGAGGCCUUCUACCGACAGAACCUGCCCAACCUCAUGAACCUCAUCGCCACCGUGUUUGUUUUUGCCGUAGUGAUAUACUUUCAGGGAUUCAGGGUGGAUCUGCCCAUCAAGUCGGCCCGCUACCGUGGCCAGUACAACACCUACCCCAUCAAGCUGUUCUACACCUCCAACAUCCCCAUCAUGCUCCAGUCUGCCUUAGUUUCCAACUUGUACAUCAUUUCUCAGAUGCUUUCCACACGCUUCAGUGGCAAUUUCCUGGUCAACCUUCUUGGGACGUGGUCUGACACGUCGUCUGGUGGCCCGGCCCGUGCCUAUCCUGUCGGAGGACUCUGUUACUACCUCUCUCCACCCGAGUCGUUUGGCUCCGUUCUAGACGACCCGGUUCACGCUCUCAUCUACAUCGUUUUCAUGCUCGGCUCCUGUGCCUUCUUCUCCAAAACGUGGAUCGAAGUCUCAGGCUCUUCAGCGAAGGAUGUGGCGAAGCAGCUGAAGGAGCAGCAGAUGGUGAUGAGGGGACACAGAGAAACCUCCAUGGUUCAUGAACUCAACAGGUACAUUCCCACUGCUGCUGCCUUCGGCGGGCUGUGUAUUGGUGGUUUAUCCGUCAUGGCGGACUUCCUCGGAGCCAUCGGUUCUGGCACUGGCAUCCUGCUGGCCGUCACCAUCAUCUAUCAGUACUUUGAAAUCUUUGUCAAAGAGCAAAGUGAAGUAGGCAGCAUGGAGGCCAUGUUCUUCUAGAAACGCCUUUCUCUCCACCCUCUGAUCACCAACAUUACAUCUUUUUAUAUCUAAGAGAAGCCCCUCCCUUCUCAGCACUGCAGUUUAAAGACUUUAGAGGGACCUUCACGAAGCUGAAAUAGGAGGGGGUGGAUUUACACAUUGACUCUGUUUCCUCACUCCUCUGAAGGUCUGAAGUGAUGCGCGGGACAUCAUUCCAGCUGAUUUUUAACACAACUCCAGAUACAAACGUCAGCGUUUGCCUAAAGGACUCUCUUCUUUCAUUUAUUUCCCAGGUUUGUGAGUGAUUGCUUCAGUAUGCAGGUGUAUUUGAUCUGGAUGAUGGCAGUGGACUGCCUGUAUGCUUAUUGUUGGAUUAGGUAAUACCUUUACAGCUAGCUUUAUGUUUUGGUUUGUUAAACCUGCCAGUCAGGUUGAAGUGUGGACUAGAAGAUGAACUGUCAGACUCUUGAGUCAAGUCCUGUGAUGUUCCUGAUUGUGACUCUGCAUUAGAGCGCAGGGUCCAGGAAGACGUUGCCAUGGAACCCACAUUGGGUUUCAGCCUCGAAACGAGUGGUUUGAACAAACACCUAGCUGACCAUUUAGGUUAAGAGGGCAUUCUCGUUGUUCAAACGUUCCCAGGGAUCUGCAGUAUUAACUUGCACGUCACAUUUAUUUUUGUUACUCGAAUCCUAAGAUAUUUUUGUUUAAAAUUGUCUGCUCUGUGUUAUCUUUUUGAACAAAUUUAAUUUUUUUUUUCAAUUUCUGUACAUAAACCAUGCAUUGGAUAACUGAAUUUGUCUUAUUGUAAGAUAGUCUUUGAAUAUGUAAAAAGAACUGCAUUUCAGAACAACCUUGUAUAAAAAUAAGUCUGAAUUAAAGACUUUAUGGGAAACAA